AUGCCAAAAGUUUUGCAAGAUAUUUUACCACGACCUGGUCAAAGCACAAUAUUCAGAGGCCAGGUUGCUCCAGAUCAAAAGGGUAUAAAUGAUCCCGAGUUUGGUGCUUAUUGGUAUGGUGAUAAUUCAGGCAAAAAUUCCAAAGGUGAAGAUGCUCCUUCGAACAAAGGUGUAAAUGAUCCAGAGUUUGGUGCUUAUUGGUAUGGUGAUAAUUCAAACAAAGAAUCCAAAGGUGAAGAUGCUCCUUCGAACAAAGGUGUAAAUGAUCCAGAGUUUGGUGCUUAUUGGUAUGGUGAUAAUUCAAACAAAGAAUCCAAAGGUGAAGAUGCUCCUGCAAACAAAGGUGUAACUGAUCCAGAGUUUGGUGCUUAUUGGUAUGGUGAUAAUUCAAACAAAGAAUCCAAAGGUGAAGAUGCUCCUGCAAACAAAGGUGUAAAUGAUCCAGAGGUCGGUGCUUAUGCUUAUGAUCCUGAAUAUAAAGGUUCAGUGAAAGUAUCCAAAGGUGUAAAUGAACCACAGUCCAGAGGUGAAAAUGCUCCAUCAAAUAAAGGUCCAAAUGAUCCAGAAUUUGGUAAUUAUGCUUAUGAUUCUGAAUAUAAAGGUUUAGUGAAAGAAUCCAGAGGAAACAUAAAUUCAUCGGGGAGAAAGAGUAAAACUGACAAUACCGCUGUGAAGGAAACUAUCUAUUUCUUGCCAAAGGAUCUUCUCCCUGGUAAGAAGGUGAAUUUACCAAGACUCGUACAGAAAAGGGACAGGGGUACGUUCUUGCCUCACCUUAUUGCAGAGUCAAUUCCCUUAUCCAGCGACAAGUUACCAGAAAUUUUGAAGAACUUCUCGCUGAAAGAUGAAUCAAGGGAUGCUAAUAAUGUGAAAAUAACAGUUAAGAAUUGUGAGAGGGCAGAAAUGAAAGGAGAAGAAAAGUACUGUGCCACAUCCUUAGAAUCUUUUGUCGAUAUGAGUGUUUCAAUGCUUGGAAAAGAAAUCCGGCUGCUAUCUAAUGAGCUUAGAAAAGAAACGAAAAACCCAUUGUUUACAAUUGCUAGGGCAGUGCGAAACAUGGGAGAAAACGAUAUAGUAUGCCACAAAAUGAAGUAUCCAUAUGCGGUAUAUUUAUGCCAUUCAAUCAAGAAAACAGUGGUGUAUAAAGUUCCAUUGGUAGGCACAGAUGGGACAAAAGCAAAUGCAGUGGCGGUUUGCCAUAAAGAUACAUCAGCUUGGAGCCCAAACCACAUUGCCUUUAAAGUUCUUAAAGUUAAGCCAGGAGCUGUCCCCAUUUGUCAUUUCCUCGGUAGAGAUACCCUCGUCUGGGUUCCCAACUGA